UAGAGCGUGUUGGACGUGUCUUGUUGUACACAGUAACGUUUAUUCCGCAGCUUAAUGUCUGAUUAUUACCAGUUUCUGUUUCUAUUAUCGGGAUUUACUGGUUGACUGAGGCGGUGAGCUGCAGCAGAGAAGCCCGGAGCAGGACGCUUUAACCCCGCUGCAGCAGAAAGCAUCAGGAUGAAUAUCGUGUCUAAAAGUAAGAAGCGUGUGGUUCUGCCGAGCCGUCCCAACCCCCCCACAGUGGACCAGAUCCUGGAGGACAUCAGCCAAGCCAAACCCAACGACCCGGUGUUCAGCGUGCUGGAGAAGACCGGACAAGACUCGCCCCGGCCGUCCCCCGGCAGUGAUGCGGAUCAGCGGUUCCAGCAGUGUCGUGAGUUCCUGGAGCUGAACGAGCGUCUGCAGGCGGCUCGCGAGCGUUUGCUGCAGCAGAGAGACGAGCUGCGAGCGAGCGGAGAGCGGCUGCAGGAAGACGUGACGGAGGUCAAAGGUCAAGCGCUCUGACUGCUCCAGACUUUAUAAACACAGUUCACAGGUUUGAUUCCUGAGUCAGCUGACCUCUGACCUCAUGUGUGACGCAUUAAUGACUGUCGAGUAAAGGUGCAACAAUCAUCGUUUGACUGAUAAUGAAUAAAUUAAUAAAACUGUUCUCAUCAA